AGGCAGAGGCAGGGGCAGGAGGCAGAGGCAGGGGCAGGAGGCAGGAGGCAGAGGCAGGAGGCAUGAGCGGAACCGGAGCUCCUGGAGCGCAGGAUGCGGCGCAGAAGAGCAGCAGCACCGCCGCUCCUCCUCUUCCUCCACCUCAUCAUCCUCAUCCUCAUCAUCCCGGGGAGACCCGAAUGCCACCGGAACCGAGCGCGCAGGACGCACCGACUUCCUCCUGCACUUCCUCUUCCUCUUCCUCUUCCUCCGCCGGGCGCGUGGCGCGGACCUGGGUGCGCUUCGCCAAAGCCUUCGUGCUCAUCUUCCCCGUGUACGCGCUCGGCUACUUCGAGUUCAGCGUCAGCUGGUUGCUGAUUGGCCUCGCCAUCUUCUUCUUCUGGAGGAGGAACUCGGGCUGUAAGAGCUCCAGGCUGAGCCGAGCGCUGGCGUUCCUCCAGCAGCAGCAGCAGGAGAUGGAGAUGGAGAUGAAGGAAGAGGAGGAGAAGAAGAGCAGCGACGCGCGCGCACUGGACACCCCCGAGCUGCCCUCAUGGGUUCACUUCCCAGACGUGGAGAGAGUAGAGUGGGUCAACAAGACGGUGAAUCAGAUCUGGCCGUACGCUUGUCGCUUCCUGGAGAAACUCUUUCGGCAGAACAUCGAACCAGCGGUGAAAGGAGCGAACACACACCUCAGCACGUUUUCCUUCACCAGGAUAGAGCUGGGGGACAAGCCUCUCAGGGUCAAUGGGGUCAAAGUUUACACUGAGAACGUGGACACGCGCCAGAUCAUCAUGGACCUUCAGAUCAGCUUCGUCGCAAACACCGAAAUCGAGAUGGACAUCAAGCGAUAUUACUGCAAAGCUGGAAUUAAAAGCAUACAGCUCCACGGUGUGUUGCGGGUGGUGUUGGAGCCACUGAUGGGGGAAAUGCCGCUGGUCGGUGCCUUCUCUCUUUUCUUCCUCAAGAAACCGCUCCUGGACAUCGGCUGGGCCGGACUCACCAACAUCCUGGACAUUCCUGGCCUGAAUGGAUUCUCGGACAGCCUGAUCCAGGACGUAAUCUCCAGCUACCUGGUGCUGCCGAACAGGAUCACCGUGCCACUAGUGGGCGACGUAGAGCUGGAGCAGCUGCGGUUUCCCAUGCCUAAGGGUGUGUUAAGGAUCCACUUCCUGGAAGCGCAGGAUCUGGAGGGGAAGGACAAGUUCUUCGGUGGUCUGAUCAAGGGCAAAUCAGACCCGUACGGAGUCAUCCAGGUCGCUAAUCAGAUUUUUCAGAGCAAAACCAUUAAAGAGUGUUUAAACCCAAAGUGGAAUGAAGUGUUUGAGGCGACGGUGUAUGAACAUUCUGGACAGCAUCUAGAGAUCGAGCUGUUUGACGAAGACCCAGACAAAGACGACUUCCUGGGCAGUCUAAUGAUUGAUCUGACCAAGCUUCACAAGGAGCAAAAAGUUGAAGAGUGGUUUGACCUAGAGGAAGUCUCCAGUGGAAAACUGCAUCUGAGACUCGAGUGGCUUUCACUGCAGUCAGUUGCUGAUAAACUACAGCAGGCGUUGUGGAGUAUCAGGACCAAUGACAGUUUGUCUUCUGCACUGUUGAUGGUUUACCUCGAUUCUGCCCGGAACCUUCCGAGUGUGUUCGAGGGCAGCCUCAGCUGCGGAAACGACCGGGGCAGGAGAGGGUCUGGUCUGGUGUUUUGCGACGACUCGUCUUCUCUCUGUAGAUCGUUACUUAGCGAGCCGCUCGAGUUCCACCCUGAUGCUUCCAAACACCCGUACAGAGGCCUGCUGAAGUCUGGGAGGAAGCUGAACAGUGACCCGAGCCCUUACGUCCAGUUAACAGUCGGACAGAAGAUGUACGAGAGCAAGGUGCGCUAUAAGACGUGUGAGCCACUAUGGGAGGAGGCAUUUACCUUCCUGGUUCAUAACCCACACACUCAGGAACUACAAGUGGAGGUAAAGGAUGAUAAGCACAAGUGCACGCUGGGUAACAUGCGAGUGGCAUUAGCAUGUCUACUGAAGGACGAGGACAUGACACUGGUGCAGCAGUUCCCCUUGAACAGCUCUGGCCCAAAUAGCACACUCAAACUCAAGCUGGUGCUCAGGAUUCUUUGCCUUGAAAAGGAGACCACAUCGGGUCAACCGUCCUUCGUCCAAGUCCGACACACCAGCCAGGGUGUUACGAUGUCACAAACAAACACUACCACCACCACCACCACCACCACUACACACUCCACCCCUACCACACAGUCCACUUCCACCACACACUCCACCCCCACAACACACACAACCCCCUGCAACUCUCCUGGCCCCACUGGGGUCACUCUGCGUGGUAAGAGAGGCUCGGAGGGCUCACCGGUGAGCCUGGUUCAGACCGAAAUGCAAAGAGACUCACCACGAAGAGACUCAACACGAAGGGAUUCAACACGCAGGGACUCAACACGCAGAAACUCAACACGCAGGGACUCAACACAGAGAGAAUCAACACACAGAGACUCAACACAAAGUCUGGCGUCAGACGCUUCGCUACCCUCAGCUGCUCUGGAGCUACAACACAGACUGUCACAGCUGCAGAAUGGUUCUACGCAGUAUCCUCUGGGGGAAGUGCAGCUCACUAUCAGACACAGUUCCCAAAGAAACAAACUUAUAGUUGUGGUACAUGCCUGCCGGAACUUGAUCUCUCUGGGGAAAGACGGCUCGGACCCUUACAUCCGUCUCUACCUGCUGCCGGAUAAGAGCCGAAGCGGCCGACGGAAAACCAGCACCAUGAGGAAGAACCUCAACCCAGUCUACGACCAGUCGUUUGAGUUCAUCGUGUCGGCAGUGGAGCUGCACAGGAGGACACUGGAUGUAGCCGUGAAGAACGCAGGGGGACUGCUGUCCAAAAAUAAAGGCCUGCUGGGCAAGGUUCUUGUGGAUUUGGCAAGUGAAGAGAUUUCUAAAGGCUGGACACGAUGGUAUGAUCUGAGUGCAGAUGGAUCUUAGCAGACUGACGAUGUGAUAACGGGAUUAAAAGAAAAAAGAUGAAACUGUGAACGUCAAUGAAACCAGGCUAAUGAAACCAGGCUGCUUCUGCUGGGACUACACACACACACACACACACACACACACACACACAUUUAUAUAUAGAUAGCUAUGACAGUGUGUGUGUGUGUGUGUGUGUCUAUAUAUAUAUAUAUAUACCUAUGACACACACACACUCACACGUACACAGUCAUUGCCUUCUCUUACAUUCACUGACAUCAUUUCUAUUCCGCUUGAACAGAAAUUCUCUUUCACACACAAGUCUACACACUCUACACACUUCUACACACAUCUACACACUCUACACACAUCUACACACAUCUACACACUCUAUACACAUCUACACACAUCUACACACAUCUACACACUCUAUACACACAUCUAUACACAUCUACAAACAUCUACACACAUCUACACACAUCUACACACUCUACACACAUCUACACACUCUAUACGCACAUCUACACACAUCUACACACUCUAUACACAUCUACACACAUCUACACACAUCUACACACUCUACACACAUCUACACACAUCUACACACUCUACACACAUCUACAUACUCUGCACACUCUAUACACACAUCUAUACACAUCUACAAACAUCUACACACAUCCACACACACCUGGCCUCACUGAUCAGUCUGUCAGUAUAAUUUUGCCUAAAUGUUUUCACCAAUCUGAAGUAUGUCAUUAAACACCAAUUAGCUGUAAAAGACCCAGCGCAAUCACAGCACAUUUACGUUUAGCCACGCCCACAAAACUCCAUAAAAGGCAUAGAGAGCUGAAACUGACAAAAUGGCGACUAAUCGGUGAAAGAAAAGCCGUUCGAUUACACAAAAGUGAGUUUAUAAAGAAAUUUACACAAACUCAGGAUGGUUUUUUUCAACUAACUGGAUUUUCCUGAACACCACGUUUCUUGUGUAAAGCUCUGAAAAAUUUCUGAAUAAAUUAAAUCGUAUUCAGUUUGAUAAAUGAGGCCCACUGCACGCACACACACACACACACACACACACACACACACAACACGCACACACACACACACACGCUCGCACACACACACACACACACACACGCACACGCACACACACACUCCACUCAUUUACAUUCACCACCUGUUGAUGUGCUGCUAAUAAUAAACUCACACAGAAAUGUGACGAGUGAAAACGUGUGUGUGUGUGUGUGUUUGUGUGUGAGAGAGAAACACACACACACUCUUUUUCGAUUCUGAUUGGUCUGAUUGAUCAGAUGCACAACACACAACUCUGUUGGCCAAAGAAGAGAAAAUUAAAACCCACAAAACAAAUGCAAGACUGUAAAUAUAUUUAAUAUUUUAAUGAUUGUGUUUUUUUUUUUUUUUUCGGUUCUGCUGUGUUUUUAUUAUUAUAAUUUUAAAAAAUAAGACUUGACCAUGACACUUCUGUAUAUUACCUUAAAGAAGGUGUAAAGUUCAGUUUGAGGAAUAUUUUAUUUUUAAAGCAUCUUAUUGUACAUUAUUGUACAAUAUCAGGUUAAGAUUCUGCAUUCUGAAGGAAGAAUAAUAUAUUAAAAUUAAAAUGAUGUUUAUUUAAGUUAAAAACAGAAUUUAGUGGAAAUUUCUUCUUGUUUUGUUUCUGUGGUCACAUGUUUUUAUUAAUUAAAGUCAUGAAUCAUUUUUUAAAUAAGAAACGAAAAUACAACUGCAUUUAAAUUAUGUUUAUAUUGAUGACGAGUUUAUUGAUUAAAG